UCCAUACCGGAAGAAGUUAUUGCAUUACAGAGAAAAUCUGUUGUAGAAAAUACACAUAAAUCUACUUUAAAUUGGAUUAACCAGUUUGAAAAAUAUCAUAAAGAUACCAAUCUUCCUGGUAAAUUAUCUAAUAUUUCAGAUUCAAAGCAACUUGAAGAAGAACUUUGUAAAUACUUUACUAUAUAUCGCAAGACUAAUGGUGAUGAAUAUUCUGUAAUAUCUUUUCAAUCUGCAAUUAAUGCAUUUAAUUGGUAUUUUAAUAGUAAGACAAGCAAAAUCAAACCGAUUGACUUAAAUAAUAAGAAAGCACAUCCUGAUUUUUGGCAAACAUUAAAUAGAAAAAUUAAAACAUUGUCUGCAAGUGGAUAUAAAGAAACUAAUGGAUCUGAUGCUUUAACUAUCGAUAAA